UGUGUAUAUGAAUGUGUGUAUAUACACAUAUAUGUAUAUAUAUAUAUAUUGUCGCGCGCGCGCAUUAACGGAAUUCACGAUCAGACACGCAGGGACUCUCAACAAAUGUUUAAAUGGACGCAUCGUCCAUUAUCACCCAAGUGUCACGGGAUGACGAGCUAGGCCAGUUUAAUAAUGGGAAAGCUCAGUUACCACAGGAGAAUGAAGCGACCAACACAGGUCCAACUAGUGGCAAAAAGCCAAGAGGGCGUGGACUUCUUCGAUCUCUACUUUGUUGUCUUGGUAGAGGACGUGGAAGUAGUUCAAAAAGUUCAAAAACAAGCUCAUUACAAGGUGAUGGACAUGGUUCUCCAUCCUUAAGGACUGGAUCCCCAAGGUUCCUUCUCCCACCUGUCAGACAUCAGGAUAUGCACAAGAAGUGCAUGGUGAUUGAUUUGGAUGAAACACUAGUACAUAGUUCUUUCAAACCAAUCAACAAUGCCGAUUUUGUUGUUCCUGUAGAGAUUGAUGGGACAGUACAUCAAGUGUAUGUUUUAAAGAGGCCUUAUGUGGAUGAAUUCUUACAGAGAAUGGGUGAACUAUACGAGUGUGUAUUGUUCACAGCAAGUUUGGCUAAGUAUGCUGAUCCAGUAGCAGAUCUGCUUGACAGAUGGGGAGUGUUUAGAGCAAGACUGUUUAGAGAAUCUUGUGUUUAUCACAGAGGAAACUAUGUUAAAGAUUUAAAUAAACUAGGGCGGGAUUUGCAGCAAAUCAUUAUUGUUGAUAAUAGUCCUGCCAGUUACAUUUUCCAUCCAGAUAAUGCAGUACCAGUGGCAUCAUGGUUUGAUGAUAUGACAGAUUCAGAACUAUUAGAUUUAAUUCCAUUUUUUGAAAAACUCAGUAAUGUGGAGAAUAUUUAUACAGUCUUGUGCAAUAGUAAUCAUCCUUAUAAUCAAGUACCUCCAGCUGUACAGAAUAGUCCAAGCCCAGGAUCAGGUUCACUUGGUGCUUCCUAGCCCUACCUAUAUUCUGGCCAAAUAGCCAGUAUUAUCAUCGCUCAAUGCACUCUGAAAAGAAUUUUGAUUGGAAUAUUCCACAUUGCUUGCUUGUUAUGUAGCAGUGGACAACCAGGUAUGACCCACUAAGUGCUGGGUGUGUAAUAUAAACAUACUUAUUGAGGAAUUAUCCAAAAAGGAAGUGAAAACUCAAUCCUCCUUAUACGUAACACAUAACAUGAACUACAACUGCUUUAUUGUUGGCUUCAGUUCUUUUUCCUAAAAAAUAAUAAUAUGAUAUAACUGCUCACAGUAUAUCAGAUACAAUUAACUGAUUGUAUUUAUCUAAUUAUUAAGGUGUUUGUUAAAAAAUUCAAAUAUAGCUCAAUUGGUUAUAAUAAGUAACUCUUCCAAUCACAUUGACAUGGAAUAGAUUUCAAAUAUAUUGGUUACAUAAUGAAUUAAUGUCCGUGUUCCCGUGUUUGAUGUACUUGAGAGAAGAAGCAAAUUACAAUGGUAACUAUGAAUGUGAAAAAUAAACAUGCAUUUGAUAUCGAAUAAAUACAUAUAUUUCAAUUUAUACGUGAUUUAAAUUCAUGCAAAAUACAUACAAAAUGACUUGCAUAAGAGAAUAUAAAUCAAAGUGUAGUUUGAAGUGAAGUAAUACUGAAAGAAAAAAAUAGAGUCUUUUGAUGGGCCAUGUAAUAUUUUUCUGUAUAUUAUUUCAUUACUUUUAACAAUGUCAUGUGUGAAGUAUCAAUAAGUUCUUCUUGUAUGAUCAUAAAUAUUGAGCAAAAAAAUAAUUAAUUUUUAUAUAAAUUUUAUGAGGCUGAUAAUUCCAAAUAGUUACGAAAGAUAGUUCAGUUUAGAAAUUUUCUUGCUCUUUCUGAUUAGGAUUUGUUACAAUUCAUUAAGAAUUUAUGUGUCUGAUUUUGCUUGAUCAAAUAUAUUUUUUAAACAGAAAAGAUUGAGAUAUAUAAAUCUGAGAUUGGAAAAUGAUGGAGAUGUAAAAAAUAUAUAAUUAGAUUGAGUAAAAAUUAUAGAGAAAAAAAGAACCAUAUUUUUUUGCUAUCAUUUUCACGUUUUUAACUCUGUUCUAAAAAAUAAUGAAAAAAGAAAAGGAACGAUGCAAUGAGAAUUGUAUAAGCUAAAAAAUCAAUGUAUGUUUGAAACAUUAGGUCAAUGCAUAUCAUUCUUUCCCUCCAGGCAAUUAUAUGUACAAUGAAGUAUUACAAUAAUCAUUACAUCAUUAACUCUUGAUCGACGGAUGCUCCGCUGACUUAUAAUAUACCGGCAAAAAGUUAAAAAAUUAUGUAACUCAUAAAGAUUGAAUAAGUAAACAAUGUAUAGUUACAUAUGUAAAUACAUUUACUAACAGAUAGUUCUUAAUUUUGUACGCUUAAUUCGUGCAUAAGAAAUGUACAGUUAGCAUUAUACUUUCAGAUUCAAUCAAAUUAUCGUUAUUCAUGCUCUUUUAUUUUAAUCGUUGUUAAUAUAUUUGUCAUUAUAAAUGAUAGUAAAUCAAAUUUUAUUAUACUGUCGCGAUUAACUUAGUUUCAAAUACUGUACUUUAUUGAGGAUAUUAUAUAUUGUUCAUAUUAUUGAAUUUUUAGAAAAAGAGUUUCAUAAUUUUUAUUUAUAAGAUUCAUACGUUAUUCGCGCCUCAAUGUUCAUCCUGUUAUAAUAUUAAUGUAUUUUACAUAACAUAACAUAAAAAUCUGGUAAUCAAAGUAUAGUCUUUCUUCCGAAUUGAAUCUUUUUUUUAUUUUAAAAUAAAAUAUUAUAUUUUAUUAAAACAAAUUUUAUAAAUUUUAGAAUAAAUCAUUGUUAUUUAAUAAAGUUUAACGAUAUUAUAUAUUUAUAGUUUUGGGAUAAUUUUUUUAAUUUUAGUCUUUAUACUACUUGCUAAUAUCUAACAUUAUGUUGUUAUUUAUCACUUAAAAAAAAAGUAAGUCGUAAAUGUUGUACGUUUCCAUUUCAUAAAAAAAGGGCUAGGGUAUAUGUAGAUAAGAUUAUUAUAUAACAAUAAGUCUUAUACAUAUUGCAUAAUAUUAAAUGGCUUCCAACUAUAUAUUUUAUUAAUUUUUUGUUACAUAUUGUGAAUGUCUUUUAAAUGGAUCAAUAUCAUUAACAUCUAGAUCAAACUUUUAAACCAGCUGAUAUAACAAUGACGUAACCUACUAAAAAUCUGAAUAGACAACAACUGAGAAUUGAUUUUCGUAGUGAUAAUAUUUUUAUGUAAAUACCGAAUACUUGAUCCAAAAUACGCAAGAUCACUUCUCAACAUUGUGUAUAAAUGUUGAAUGUGAAUUGAAUUAUAUCUAGAUCUUAAAUUAUUAGUAUUGUAUUUUUAUGUUUUUUAUUACUUGUAUUUAAGAAAGAACAGCAUGCUACGGAACAUUUGUACUUAUUGCUAGUAAACGUAUCUUGCCAUCAAUGUUUGACUAGACUCGAAACUCUUAGAGUAUUUGAGUUAACAGUUUUCAAACAUAGAAUUACGUAAUAACCAUAUCUUUAUUUCAAUUUUCAUUUAUUACAUGUUUAUGCUUCUCAUAAACUCGUCGAAUUCGUUAUAAAAGGAAAACAAAAAUCGAAAAUUAAUAAUCAUUAACUUGUAAAAAUUCUCGGCAAACAGGAAAAAGAGAAGGUUACGUAAAUAACAAAUAUUUACGAUAUAUUGUAAAGAAAACUGUGCCAGUAAUGUUGUUUUCAUUCGUAUAAUGCCCAUUGAAAUGACUCUACUAAUUAUGGUACACCUUUUCGGAAAAUACGUACAGAAAACACGGAGAAUUUACAAUGGAAAUUUUAUAUAUACUAAACUGAACCGACACACGUCACAGGUUUUUAUCCACCAACAUCUUUUAUAAUGCUCCCAUGUGUUGUCUGAAAGCAGUCAUAAAUUUAAGAUACGAUGUACGAGCGAUUACAAUGCGAUAUAUAUAUAUACAUACAUACAU